AGAGUUAACAGCUGCACCUGUUGAGGUAGACCUGCAGUUGCCGGCACCUGUACCUGCAGCCAAUCAGCGCCAGUGCUGCUGGGAACCUACCUGUCAGCAAAAUCUCGACACCCAAACCUCAACAUAAAUCAAACACUUCCCUGGGCAGGGAAUGUCUGUGUCAGGCAAGAAUUAGAGACAAGCGGUCAGCAAAGCCUCAGUGCCGAUCAUCGGAGCCUGUGAACAAGAAGAUGUCGAAUGAACUUGAUUUCAGGUCUGUGCGGCUGCUAAAGAAUGAUACAGUCAACUUCCAGAAGUUCCCCUACACUAGUGAGGAUGAAGCCUGGAAGACAUACCUGGAAAACCCCUUGACAGCUGCCACGAAGGCCAUGAUGAGGGUCAAUGGGGACGAUGACAGCGUUGCAGCCUUGAGCUUCCUGUAUGAUUACUACAUGGGCCCCAAGGAGAAGCGGAUGUUGUCCUCCAGCACUGGGGGCAGGAUGGACCAAGGAAAGAGGCACUACCUUGGCGUGGAAUAUGAGACAGACCUCACCCCCCUUGAAAGCCCCACACACCUCAUGAAAUUCCUGACAGAGAAUGUAUCUGGAAUCCCAGAGUAUCCAGAUCUGCUCAAGAAGAAUAACUUGAUGAGCUUGGAGGGGGCCGUACCCAACGCUGGCAAGGCAGCUCCCCCCCCGCCAGUCCCCAGCAAGCUGGAGCCUGGCUCUGUGGAUAGCUACCUGUUGCCCACCAGUGAUAUAUAUGAUAAUGGCUCCCUCAACUCCUUGUUUGAGAGCAUUCAUGGGGUGCCACCCACACAGCGCUGGCAACCAGACAGCACCUUCAAAGAUGACCCACAGGAGUCACUGCUCUUCCCAGAUAUCCUGAAAGCAUCCCCGGAACCCCAGUGUCCAGAGGACUAUCCCAGUCUCAAAAGUGACUUUGAGUACACCCUGGGCUCCCCCAAAGCCAUCCACAUCAAGUCAGGCGAGUCGCCCAUGGCCUACCUCAAUAAGGGACAGUUCUACCCUGUCACCCUGCGGACACCAGCAGGUGGCAAAGGCCUUGCCUUGUCCUCCAACAAAGUCAAGAGUGUGGUGAUGGUUGUCUUCGACAAUGAGAAGGUCCCGGUAGAGCAACUGCGGUUCUGGAAACACUGGCAUUCCCGGCAACCCACUGCCAAGCAGCGGGUCAUUGACGUAGCUGACUGCAAAGAAAACUUCAACACAGUGCAGCACAUUGAGGAGGUGGCCUAUAAUGCGCUGUCCUUCGUGUGGGACGUGAAUGAGGAGGCCAAGGUGUUUAUCGGAGUCAACUGCCUGAGCACAGACUUCUCCUCACAGAAGGGGGUGAAAGGUGUCCCCCUGAACCUGCAGAUUGACACUUACGACUGUGGAUCAGGCACUGAACGCCUGGUACACCGCGCCGUCUGCCAGAUCAAGAUCUUCUGUGACAAGGGAGCUGAGAGGAAGAUGCGGGAUGAUGAACGGAAGCAGUUCCGGAGGAAGGUCAAGUGCCCAGACUCCAGCAAUAGUGGCAUCAAGGACUGCCUGCUCUCGGGCUUCAGGGGCAAUGAGACAACCUACCUGCGACCAGAGGCUGACCUGGAGACCCCACCGGUGCUAUUCAUCCCCAAUGUGCAUUUCUCUGGUCUGCAGCGCCCUGGAGGGGCAGUCUCCUCGGCAGGACCCAGUGGCUCUAGCAGGCUGCCUCUGAAGCGCACCUGCUCGCCCUUCACAGAGGAGUUUGAGCCUCUGCCCUCCAAACAGUCCAAGGAAGAUGACCUUCAGAGAGUUCUGUUGUAUGUGCGGCGAGAGACGGAGGAAGUGUUUGACGCCCUCAUGUUGAAGACCCCGGACCUGAAGGGGCUAAGGAAUGCGAUCUCUGAGAAGUAUGGGUUCCCUGAAGAGAAUAUUUACAAAGUCUACAAGAAGUGCAAGCGGGGAAUCUUGGUCAACAUGGACAACAACAUUAUUCAGCAUUAUAGCAACCAUGUUGCCUUCCUACUGGACAUGGGGGAGCUGGAUGGCAAGAUUCAGAUUAUCCUUAAGGAGCUGUAAGGCCCAAGCAUCCAGGGCCUGGCUGGGCAGUGGCCCCAUGCCACACACAACCUGUCCACAUGCCUCAGUGCUGCUACUUGAAUGCCUUCCCUGAGGGAAGAGGCCCUUGCAUCACAAACCCACAGAUGUCAGGGCCAGGAAGAGACCUUGGGGCAUUCUCUUGAUCUGAACCCCCACGGUACACUUGAAUCUGCUCCUGAACUUCCUGCCAGUGCCUGCCCCCACAAGACAGUGCCAUCUUGGUUUUCACAUGCCCAGAAGACUGUUUCCUCCUGGGAAGACCCUUUUCUGCAGUGGCUUUCCUGCAGGCUGCUGUUCUGAUGGCCGGGGCACACCCUCCCUCCUAUGUGCAAUGCCGGCCAACUAGACUCUGGUCUGGCCCCGUUCUCCAUCUCCCAUCCACUUCAGAUUAAGGAUUUCUCACCCUUUGGUCAGUUAACUUGAAGACUCUUGAUGUGCAGUACAAGUGACUUUUGAAAGAAACUAUAGCGGAAACAGCCUCUUGCUCACAGACUGCCUCAAUGCACAUUGUAAAUAACAGAGCUGAUUGGAACAAAUGACUGCUGUGUAGAACUGCCGCCUCGCCCAUCACUGUUGUACACAUUUCUUAUUUACGAUUUUCAUUUAUGUUAUAUAUAUAAAAAUAUAUAUUAUGUAUAUAUAUGCAACAUUUUAUAUUUUUCAUGGAUACAUUUUUAUCAUUUCAAAAAAUGUGUAUUUCACAUUUCUUGGACUUUUUUUUAGCUGUUAUUCAGUUAUGCAUUUUGUAUACUCAUAUGGUAUUUAGUAAUAAAAGUCGACCCAUGUAUUACUUCA